ACUUGAUUUGUCUUCCGGCGUCAAACAUCACUGUUUAUAUGUGAUCAGAUUAUCAGCCUCUCCAAAAAAAUUAAUUGCUGUGGUGGAUGCCGACAUGGAAGAUAGUGAAAAGAAAGCCCCAUCAGUAAUCGAUCGUUAUUUCACCCGCUGGUAUAAAACUGAUCUGAAAGGAAAAGCAUGUGAGGAUCACUGCAUUCUACAGCACUCCAACAGGAUAUGCGUCAUCACACUCGCAGAGUCUCAUCCUAUCCUUCAGAAUGGACGGAAAAUCAAAAAUAUAAACUACCAGAUCAGCGAUGGAUGCAGUCGUCUGAAGAACAAGGUGUCUGGAAAGUCAAAGCGAGGCGGUCAGUUCCUGACAGAGUUUGCGCCACUGUGUAGAAUAACAUGUACAGAUGAACAGGAAUACACCAUAUUCAGCUGUAUCAGAGGACGUCUUCUAGAAGUAAAUGAAGCCAUAUUGAACAAGCUAGACCUGUUAUCGGAAAAGCCUUCCACAGAGGGAUACAUUGCCGUUAUACUACCCAAAUUUGAAGAGAGUAAGAGUAUCACUGAAGGCCUUCUGACCAGAGAACAAUAUGAGGAGGUUCUGACUAAAAGAAACCAACAAGAAGAGCCUUGCUGAGAUCAACUUGCGCUUUGGAGCUGCCGAAUGACUGCCGAGUCUGCUUUAAGGAAUAAUUACUUCAAGCUGGUAGAAACAUGAGUGGCAGCAUGAAUGUGUGCCACUCACACAUUAAAAAAAAAAAAAAAAAAAAAAACAUCUUGAGGAAAUUUUGAAGGAAUGAAGACUUGUCUGCUGGAUCCAGAGGAGUCUUGGAUUUGACUGGAGUGCAUUUUGUUGGACCACUAGUAUAACAAUGCCAGUGUUAUGUUUUUUUGAGUGUGUUUAUUGUUUCAUUAAGAAGUUUCCUAAUUUGAGAAGUAAAAGAUCUGUGUCCUCGCAGAAACAUUAUUUUCCGUCUGGUUGCUAUAAAACUGCUUAUAGCCCUGAUGCUAAAUAAAGGAACUCGUCCCUUCUGAG